AUGCAGAAACCGAAUCAAGCAGACUACACCUCAGCCAACGGUGUGGCUCCAUCCCCAGACGCGAGUCUUAAGCCUCGACACCAGAAUUCCACCGACACCACAAACCCUCGUUCUCCACGUGCACCUCCACUAAUCUCCAAGUUCCGUGGCGAACCUCCACCGUCCAAGUCGGCUUCGAGAACCCCGAACGCGAGGCGCACCAAGGCGCAGUACUCCGGCAUCUUCGCUUCCACCGGCCAGGCUGCCGCAGACCGCGCAUCCUUCUACGUAAUCCAUCCGGAGUGGUCCAGCGAGGUGGAGAGCGUCUCUAGGGUGCCCCCACCGCCGCAUUCGGCGCACCACGGCGGUCACCAGGUCACCCAGUCGGCAACGCAUCAGGCCAGAGUGGCGGGCAGCGGGCGAUCGAUGGAGUGCGGGAUUUUGCCACAGGACAGGGGACCCGAAAGUGUCCUCUCCGUGGCACGCAAGGCCGCCUCUCACAACCCGGUGUGGCCUCAUCGCUGCAGAAGCGCCCCGGCACAGCGGACUCGCAAUCCCAUCGCGUGGACGUGA